AUGGAUUUAUCUGCUUGCAAGUUGAAGAAGAUAAAUAGCACAUCAGUUGAACUGGUAUACAAGAAUAAAGUGUAUACAGGGGUUAUUGAGAGGCCACCAACCGUAAUUGAGUCACAGAAGAUCAUAGAGAACAAAAUGUACAAAAUAGCAGAUAUUUCAGGAAUAGUCAGAAUAUUCAGCAAUAAGGAGGAAAUGAGCAACAGAGCAGGCGAAGAGGAGGUGUUGACUCCGCCAAUGCGAUGGUGCAGGGAGAGGAGAUUCAGGAAGUACGAGAUGCGAAUGAAGAAAGUGGUGGAAGUUGAGAAGCAACUUGCUAAGUUAUUGGAGGAGGAUGCAAAGGCAGUGAAGGUGGAGCUGAUUCACCAGGAGGAAGAGGAAUUGGAUGAAAUAGCAGCAGACUUGGAGCAGGGAUUCGUGGAGAAGGACAUAGCACAGGAGGAAGAAGAGAAAGAGAAGACGCCAAAUGAAGUAGACAAGGAAAUUGAGGAGAAGGAGAAGAUGAUUGAGAAGACGACCAAUGUGGUGUUGAAGAAGAGAUUCAUUGAGGAAUUGAGGAUACUGAAGGAAAGGAAGAAGGAUACGAACUGA